UGACAGUAUCAGUGCAUUACGGACAUAAACACACUGCUGUGUUCAAACCUACAGGAACAAUACUAUGAAACUGUGAUAAAUAAGCGAGCAUCAGCAACAACAACCGAGUAGAACGAAGAGGGUGGUGAUGUGACGUCACUGCAAACUGGGAUUGAGUUUCCCGACAAGAAACAAGAGAGGUUAUUGCAGUUUUGCUCUCGCGAGUCACAGGUGUGAAAGAAUUAUUUGUGUAAGUCACCAACUCCAGGUUUGAAGGUACAAUGAUGGAUCAAUACAAUUUUACUAACAGUUCUCUCAAUAAUUCGUCCGAGUAUGAAGACUAUUAUGAGGAUGAUUAUGAUGAGAAUACAGAUCUCAGGAAAUCUCUUAACAUCAUGUCGCUCAUAGUCUACAGUCUGGCUUUUGUACUUGGAGUGGUGGGCAACGGCAUUGUCAUUUGGGUUACUGGAUUCAAAAUGAAAAGGACAGUCAACACGGUCUGGUUUCUGAACCUUGCUGUUGCGGACUUUCUCUUCACUGCCUUUCUCCCUCUCAGUGUGGCUUAUACAGCUAUGGGCUUCCACUGGCCUUUUGGCCAGUUCAUGUGCAAAUUCAACAGCACUCUCAGUUUCCUCAACAUGUUUGCGAGUGUGUACAUUCUGGUUGUGAUCAGCGUUGACCGCUGUGUGUCUGUGGUGCGUCCGAUCUGGGCACAGAACCACCGGAAUGUGAGCCGGGCUUCUGUGGUGAGCUUUGGAGUUUGGUUGUUUGCCCUGGUGCUGAGUUCACCCUAUUUUGUCUUCAGGGACACUGCACCUGACCACUACAACCCAAGCAUAAUCAACUGCUUCAACAACUUUGCACUCUCCGAUGACCUUGAAACACCAAAGGUGGUGGAGCUCCGUAAGCUACGGCAUCGUGCCAUGAUCAUUACCCGCUUCAUCAUAGGCUUUGUGGUGCCUUUCUUAAUCAUCGUCUCCUGCUAUGCAGUCAUCAUUCAUCGUCUCCAAAGAAACCGCUCUAUGACUGGCCGAACUGGACGUCCCUUCAAGAUCAUUGCUGCUGUGAUCACCGCCUUCUUCCUGUGCUGGGCUCCUUACCAUAUCCUGAUGCUCAUGGAGUUGGUAAACCACGUGAAAUACAGCUCCACCCUGCAAUAUAUCACCAAUGUUGGAAUUCCCAUUGUGACCAGUUUGGCUUUCCUAAACAGCUGCCUGAACCCAUUGUUGUAUGUUUUCAUGGGACAAGACUUUAAAGACAAGGUGCGCAAGUCGAUCCUGAAGGUUUUGGAAAGCGCUUUCACAGAGGAAGUUUCACGCACAAAUACCUGCACAAAUUCAAUGCCCACCAUUCGUCACAAAGAGAACGGGAGCAAGUCCUUCUCUGAUGCGGAAGUAUAACAUACAUAACUGUAUAACAUAAAUGAAGGACUUUUUCUAAAGAAGGACAUUACAGAGUGUCUGGAUUUAACGCCAUCAUAAAUAAAAAUGAGACACAUUAACCUGAAGAACUGGACCAAAAGAAAUUAAGUUCUGAAGCUUUACGUUAAAACACUGCCUUGCUCUAAAUGGGGAAAUGCUUAUGUGAUGCAGAAUUAUUAUAUAUACAUGUGUGUGCAUGUGCGUGCGUGUGUAAUCUUGUUUUUAUAUCCUGGUGGGGACUUAAACCUGAAUACACACUAACUCAUGGGGCCCUGUGUCACCGUAGGGAGCUAAAUUGAAGCGUAUAAAUUAUACAGAAUGAGUUUUUAAAGUAAAAAUGCAGAAGGUUUCUUCUAAGGGGUAAGUUAGGGAUAGGGUUGGGGUAAGGGGAUAGAAAAUGCAAACCAUUACGCCUAUGAAGAAUUCCCACAAGUAUAGCAAAUCUAGAUGUGUGUGUGUGUGUGUGUGUGUGUGUGUGUGUAUGAGAAGGAGAUUUAAUGAUAUAUCCAUAAAGUAUUUGACAAAUAAAAUUUGGUAUUUUAGGCCAUUAUAUGAGCAACUUAGGAUGAAGUUUUUACAUGUAUUGUGCAUGUAAUGCAAGUAGCUUUUUUGCUAUUUCUUUACUGUAUAUCUAUUGUCUGCACAUAAUUUUUUAUAAAGCAUCUCUUAUUUUAUGUAAAAUAGUAUUAAGUUUGUUGAUGUAUUUCAAAAAACUGAAGCUAAAUAAACUUGCUAAUU